AUGGCAGAAGAAGCGGUGCUGCCAAAUGUGACCAGCUACAGCAUAUCGAUCAUGGUUAGCCCAUGGCAUCUUGCUUUCCAUCUUCUCGGCAACUCACCAACGAUUGAUGUCAUUGCCUUCAGUGCAGCCCUGCUAGCCUUGGGCGGGAAAUUACCUUCAAUUGGCUCGUGGCCUGGCUUUGCUCCGGAGACCCCAACUCUGGCUCAGUGGCCUCGGGCUUUGGUUCUCUUCGCUCAGCUGGGCUUGCUGGGGCUAAGAGCCGACCAAGCCUUCAUGCACCAGCUCGCCAGCAUCAACCGUGGAAGCCGUGGAAACCGAAGGGUUGGCAGCUGGCAGCACGCAGUUCACGCCGUCCACUCCAUGACUGCCCUGGCCCUGUUGCAGAACGUGAUUAGCUACAACAGUUCAAUCGCAGCCUAUGGGCGCGGAGGACAUUGCAAGCUGGCAGCCAUGCUGCUCCGGCAGAUGAUGGAGGCUCGUAUACGAUCCAAUCUUUUCAGCUACAACAGCGUGAUGUUUGCCCACCAGGAAUGCAACGCCUGGGAGGUAUCCAUGGGCUUGCUUGCACAGGCCUCGCAGGUAUCCCUCGCACCCAAUGCAGUCAGCUUCACCACAGUUAGUUGCUGGAUGGUGGCAUUGGAACUGCUGAAAACUAUGCAUUGCAGGCAGCUCGAGAAGGAUUCCAUCAACUGCAUUUCUUUUGUAACGAACUGUACUCAGGUCUCUGCUUGGAGGUGGGCUCUGGCAUUGUUUCAAGGAGGUCCUGUUGUCAGCACUGAGAUGUGCGGUGCCAUGAUCACCGCUUGCGAGAAACAAAGCUGUUGGAGGCAUGCAUUGGCACUGCUCCGUUCGAUGCGCAAUCCAGACAUGAUCAGCUUUGCCGCCGCUAUCGCGGCCUGCUCUCAUGCCCUGCGGAAAGCUCACCGGACUCGUGAAGGCUGA